AUACAACACUGUGGCACGCCGUACUAAACACGAAAAUUUUUUUAGAAGAAUCCACAAAUUUUAUAUUAUUUUUUUAGUUUGUCUAACAUAAACGAAAUAACAAAAUGUCGAAAGCACAUCCCCCAGAGUUGAAAAAAUAUAUGGAUAAACGUAUGCUAUUAAAGCUGAAUGGUGGCCGAUCUGUUGCCGGUAUAUUGCGUGGUUUUGAUCCGUUCAUGAAUGUUGUAUUGGACGAAACUGUUGAAGAAUGUAAAGAUAGUACCAGAAACAAUAUUGGUAUGGUAGUUAUUCGCGGUAAUAGCAUUGUAAUGGUUGAAGCGCUGGAUAGGGUGUAGCUCUCGUGCCAUUAUUCGUAUUGAGCAGCAGAUUUCAUAAAUUUAAAAGUACUUUUUAUAUUCGUAUAUGGGGAGCAGAUAAUAUAAUAAAUUUUUUUUAAAAUAUGUCAUUCAAGUAUAGAAAACAUACCGACAAGAUUUUGUUAUAAAUUAUUUGCAACCUAAAACAUACCAUUCUUAUCUUUAUGGAAAAUUAAUUUAAUGUGGUUCUUGCAAGAACCUCUUAAACAGAUCAUAGUAAAUUAUAAGUUAGUUCAUAAUAGUAUGUAAUAAAGUAACAUCUUAUUUUCAAUAUACAU